AUGUCAGCGCAAAUCAAUAAUCGCGAGGACUCCUCUACGUCUCUGCCCUCUCAGCUCCGCGCUCACGCUUCGCCCUCUGCCUCUCUGGCCCUCUCCGCUGAAACGUUAUCUCUCGCCGAACGUGUAAAAAUCGCCAAAGAAGCCGCUCAAUUCGACGAAAAAAGCCGCCGUGCCGUCAUAGAAAGACUCCCAGAUGCAAAAAAUGAAAAUCAAAAUGCUCUCGACCUUGACUUCAUCAAAGACAUCUGUAAAGUGAUACACAUCGAUGAUCCCGUCGAAGUCUAUCGCCAUGAAUGUUCCGCCAAAAUCCGACCGCUCAAAGUCGCUUUUUCUUCUACUCGUAUCCGCGACUCCUUCAUCCAACAAUUCGCCAAAGGAUUGGAAGAAGUUCGACUUUCAGCUCCUCUGAAGCCUAGAUGUAGACGCGACAUGACACUGUCCGAGCUCAGACUUCUACGUUCAUUGCGCAAACAAGUAUACGACGCCAACAUUGCUGCUGGCCGCGUGGUCUGCUAUUUGAACGAUCUCUCCGUCAUCAAAGUUCGAAAUGGUCGUUCGUUCGUGGUCUCCUCCUCAGCUGAACCUGGUGCGCCGUCCCCGACUCCUGUUACGGCUUCAGCUCAAGCUGCCGACGACGCUGUACCAAUGUCUCCUUGA